AUGGAUGACGAUAUUAACGUGCCCCUGUUAGCAGGGUUACUGUCAGCUCUAGGGACACUUCUUCUUGGUCUCUUAUGCAUUGUAAUCUGGUUUGCGAUAGCAGGAGAUGGUAGAAUUCAAUUGGGGUCUGGAGACCCUGGGUCUUUUGAUGAUGAAGGUGCUCUUUUAGAAGAAGAGGCUGAUGCUCUUGAGCUAAUGGAUGAGGCAUCGAGAAGGAUGUAUCUUCAGGCCAAAGCUUUUAUUGAGGCCAACCCUCCAAAUAGCACAAAUACUGACAUUAGUCUUUCUCAGUUCAUGACUAUCCAAGAGAAAGGUGUUGCGGCUUGGGAGUUUGAAGUUGAUUUUACAGCUGCAAACUGCUUUGUCGAGGCACGAACUGAGAUUGAAUUCUUUGAUUCGGUUUGCUGUGUUCAAACAAACCUACCUCUACCGAAACAGAAUGAGGUCUACUACUGGGAAGCAAAGAUUUAUGAUAAACCUGUCUCUACUACGGUAUCGAUAGGUCUUACAACGAAGCCAUAUCCUACAUUUAGACUUCCAGGAUACCACCGAUACUCUGUUGCAUAUGACUCGGAAGGGCUUAAACGGAUUAAUCAACCAUUUUCUGCCCCUCACUAUGGACCUCCUUUACAGCAUGGAGAUGUAGUAGGCGUCGGUUAUAAGCCACGAACUGGAACUGUCUUCUUCACUAGAAAUGGUAAGAAACUCGAGGAGGCCCUGCAUGGCAUGCGAAUGAAUUUAUUUCCAACUGUAGGUGCCACUGGCCCUGCCACUGUCGUGGUGAAUCUUGGCCAGGCCGGUUUUGUUUAUAUCGAAGCAAAUGUAAAGAAGUGGGGCCUGGCUCCUGCUCAUGGCUCACUGGCACCUCCACCACCAUAUGGAGCUGAACAAGACUAUGUUCUCUUAGAAACAGGAAUUAGAAGCGGGUCAAGCCGUCGUCGAGAUCGUGAACAUGACCAUGAUAAUGACGAUGAUUCUAGUGACCAAAACUAUGAUAGCAUAGCAGGUAGUGCUGGUAGCGCUGGAUUCACUGGGAAACGUCGCCAACGGCGCAGAAGCCAGAGAUACUUGAAUGAGUCUUCAGCGCCCAAUUCUGCCGGGUCAAAUGAUUUGAUUUCUGAUGAUGGACAUGACACAAAUCAUGGUGAAGACGACAAUGAAGCCACUCCAUUAUUACCGCCACCGUCGUUUGAAGAUGUCACUUCACAGCAGGCCAGUCCUGGUCCCGAUUCGACCUCCUCUCCUGCAGUGAGAACUGAGAGUUUACGCACUCCAGCAAUUAAUAGCAAUAGUACUGCUUCCGUUCCAUCAUCUUCCUCUUCUUUCAUAUCAACUACAUCUGAAGAUCAAACCCAAUUUCCAACCCUCAAUAACAGCAAUACCACCAACAAUCACAUUUCAAAUCGCACAUAUACUCACAACAAUAACGCCAGUAUAAAUCUUACACGGCUUUCCCAUCACUCUCUAAGCGGGUCUCCAUCUACUACAAUUGCAUCAUCAACCCCCUUGGCUUCUACCCCUGUUGUCCCCAUGGGUCCGCCGAUGGGACGGCCACCCAGCUACACUUCAGACAAUGAGUCAGACGAUGAACAAGAUGGUGAUGAUUCUUUACAAUCUCGCCCUCGUCGUAUGUCUACUCGAGAAUCCAUUAUGGAGGCAACUGCUGACUAUAUUAAUCCUAUAUCCUCCCCGUAG